ACAAAAACCCACACUCGCUCGGUACAAUAUCAUUGAUGCCUUGUGCCGCUUACUCAUUCCCAAGUCAAUCCGACGUUGCACUGCGUUCGCGCGAACCCACAGCCGAAUCCCAGAGCUGCGUAGGCGUGCUUGUACCCCGCGCCUGCAUCAUUGGCACACCCCAGGCCUUCCGUAAUAUACCUACCAAAGUACUUGGCAAGGUACCUACCGAGGUACCUACCAAGGUACUUAUAAACACCAGGCAGGCGCAUCACGUCCUCUUGGCUCCCGCCCCUCCCAGCAUAUCCCACAUGCAAGCUCUCCACCCCUUCAGAACAGCAUCUUUGGCCACCCGCGCCUCGAGAACCGCGUCCGCCAGGCUCGCCCACCUUUCCAGACACUUCUCGGCAGGCUUCCCCAGGAUGGCGCCUAUAACGAAAGAGACCGACUAUCUGGUCAUCGGCGGCGGCAGCGGCGGCCUUGCCUCGGCCCGCAUGGCGAGCUCCAAGUUUGGAGCCAAGGCCAUGAUAGUCGAGGCAGGAAGGAUAGGCGGAACUUGUGUCAACGUCGGAUGCGUGCCCAAGAAAAUCACCUUCAACGCCGCCGCUAUAGCCGAGACCAUUCACCAGGCCAAGAGCUACGGCUUCUCCGUCCAGGAGACUGCCCCUUUCAACUGGCGGGCGUUCAAGGAGAAGCGCGACGCCUACAUCAAGCGCCUCAACGGCAUCUACGACCGCAACCUUGCCAACGACAAGGUCGAGUACCUCCACGGCCACGCCAGGCUCCUCAACCGCAACGAAGCCGAGGUGACGCUGGAUGACGGUACCAAGGCUGUAGUCAAGGCCAAGAAGAUCCUGAUCGCAGUGGGCGGCCAACCGACGGCUCCCCCGCCCGUCAUCCCUGGCGCCGAGUUCGGAAUCAACAGCGAUGGCUUCUUCGAUAUCGCGGACCUGCCCAAGAAGGUCGCGCUCGUGGGCGCGGGAUACAUCGCGGUAGAGUUCGCGGGCAUGUUCAACGCGCUCGGUGUAGAGACACACCUCUUCAUCCGCCACAACACGUUCCUGCGCAACUUCGACCCCAUGGUCCAAGAGGUCGUGACCAAGGAGUACCAGCGCCUGGGCGUUCACUUGCACAAGCGGUCGGAGCAGACCAGGAUCGAUCGCGACGAGGCCACGGGAAAGUUGACGUUGCACUACAUGGAUAGUAAUGGAUAUGGUCGGGUUGAGGGCCUGGACCAUCUCAUCUGGGCCAUCGGCCGGACCCCGCUGACCAAGAACAUUGGGCUGGAGGAGGCGGGCGUCAAGGUGGAUGAGAGAGGCUACAUCAUGGUCGACGAGUUCCAGAACACGUCGGUGGACAACAUCUACGCGCUUGGCGAUGUUACCGGGCAGGUCGAGCUGACGCCCGUGGCCAUCGCGGCAGGCCGCAGGCUGUCGCACCGGCUCUUCGGCGGCGAGCAGUUCAGCACCCUGAAGCUGGACUACUCCGGCGUCCCCUCGGUCGUGUUCGCGCACCCCGAGGUCGGCUCCAUCGGGCUCACUGAGCCACAGGCCGUCGAGAAGUACGGGGCCGAGAACAUCAAGGUUUACAAGACAAGCUUCACGGCCAUGUACUACGCCAUGAUGGAGCCCGAGGAGAAGGGCCCGACGUCGUACAAGCUUGUCUGUGCGGGGCCCGAGGAGAAGGUGGUUGGAUUGCACAUUGUCGGCAUGGGCAGCGGGGAGAUGCUGCAGGGCUUCGGCGUGGCCGUCAGAAUGGGCGCCACCAAGAAGGACUUUGACAGCUGCGUUGCCAUCCACCCGACCAGCGCCGAGGAGCUGGUUACGCUGAAAUAAAUAUCUAAGCGGCUGGGUUCUGAACCUCACCACCAAGACAACAAGCUUUCCCGAUACCCCGCGCGCGUCCGAGCCCGUGUCCCAUGCCCCCUAUUUUGCCACCCCCCGAGCGUAGAUAGAUAGAGGGCUGUAUUGUACGCAUUGGAUAUCUGUGUCAAGCCUCUGGAUAUCGAGGGCGCCCUGUUCUGAUGGUGCCUGGCUUCCUGCCUCGGCGCCGAGGCAAAAAAAAAAAAAAACCGCCCUCCCGUUCGUCAUUGCAUCCCAAC